AUCUACUGUUCUCGAUAUUACAGAUCAAACUCUGCUUUCAGUCAUCAACGCAUCAGCCUGCGAAAGGCUCUUGCAGGGACGGGCUCGGCCCAAGAGCGAGGCCGCAGCUCGCUGGUACGGGCCGCAGGACCCCGCGGAAGCCGCCCACAGCGGCCGCCCGCCUCCUCCGAAGCCUCGCGGCGCGCAGGCCCCGCCUCAGCCUAGCGGGGCCUGCCGUUUCCGCGGCAGCAGCUCGGCUGCCAGCUCUCCGCUCUGGGCCCCGCUCGGUAGGGAGCGGGCCGGGGGCCUAGUCGGAGCCGCUGCGGUGGUCCCGCCGGUGGGAUGGGGCUGGAGCUGGAGCCGCUGUUCCAGGCCUGGAGCUACUUCAGGCGGAGGAAGUUCCGGCAGUGCUCGGAUCUCUGCUCGCAGCUGCUGGAGAGGCCGCCCAGCGAACAGGAGCAGCCUGAAUCUGAAUACACUGCGUUUCAGGCUGCCUGGAGCCUGAAGACACGAGCUUUGACAGAAAUGGUGUAUGUGGAUGAAAUUGAUAUGGAUCAAGAAGGAAUCGCAGAGAUGAUGCUAGAUGAAAAUGCCAUUGCUCAAGUCGCACGACCAGGAACAUCUUUGAAACUCCCUGGAACUAGCCAAGGUGCAGGCCCCAGUCCAGCUGUUAGGCCAGUAACUCAAUCAGGAAGACCUAUUACAGGAUUUGUGAGACCCAGCACGCAAAGUGGGCGGCCAGGUACUAUGGAACAGGCUAUAAAAACACCUCGAACAGCUCUCACAGCUCGUCCCAUUACUAGUGCUUCUGGGAGAUAUGUCAGGCUAGGAACGGCUUCAAUGCUGACAAAUCCAGAUGGCCCUUUCAUAAAUCUGUCUCGACUGAAUUUAGCAAAAUAUGCUCAAAAACCCAAACUGGCAAAGGCAUUGUUCGAAUAUAUUUUUCACCAUGAAAAUGACGUAAAAAAUGCUCUAGAUUUGGCAGCCCUUGCCACUGAGCACGCACAGUUCAAGGACUGGUGGUGGAAAGUCCAAAUUGGGAAGUGCUACUAUAGGUUAGGAUUAUAUCGUGAAGCCGAAAAACAAUUUAAGUCAGCUCUCAAGCAACAGGACAUGGUUGAUACAAUCUUGUAUUUGGCAAAAGUGUAUUUGCGCUUGGAUCAGCCUGUAACAGCUUUGAACCUUUUCAAGCAAGGAUUAGAUCGAUUUCCUGGAGAAGUGACUCUUAUUUGUGGAAUUGCCAGAAUCUACGAGGAAAUGAACAAUAUCUCCUCAGCUGCAGAGUACUAUAAAGACGUCUUAAAACAAGACAAUACUCUUGUGGAAGCCAUUGCAUGCAUUGGCAGUAACCACUUUUAUUCAGACCAGCCCGAGAUAGCUCUGCGGUUUUAUAGACGGCUCCUGCAGAUGGGUGUUUAUAACUGCCAACUUUUUAACAAUCUGGGCCUCUGUUGCUUCUAUGCCCAGCAAUAUGAUAUGACACUAUCUUCUUUUGAACGUGCACUGUUUUUGGCUGAAAAUGAGGAGGAGACAGCAGAUGUGUGGUACAACUUGGGACACGUGGCUGUGGGGAUAGGAGACCUGAAUCUGGCUUACCAGUGUUUCAAGCUAACGUUAGUCAACAAUAACAACUAUGCGGAAGCUUACAACAACUUGGCUGUGCUGGAAAUGCGAAAAGGUCACGUUGAACAGGCAAGAGCUUUGCUGCAGACAGCUUCAUCUUUAGCACCUCAUAUGUAUGAGCCCCAUUUCAAUUUUGCAGUACUCUCAGAGAAGGUUGGAGAUCUUCAGAGGAGCUACACAGCUGCUCAGAAGUCAGAAGAAGCAUUUCCAGGCCAUGUCGAUACACAACAGCUCCUCAAGCAGUUAAAACAGCACUUUGCUAUGCUCUGAUGAGCAUAUUUUUUAUUAUGUAAAAACAAUUAGCCAGAGCAAAUGGGCCAUACAUCUUUUUGAAAAUACUAGUUCAGAGUAGAUAAACUAUACCUAAUGCAUUCCUGUGGCAAAGCCUGUCUUACUUUGAGUAGCAGGAAAGGUUUAAUUAGUUUCUGUCAUCUUAAAACAUAUCACUUAUUAAAAUGCAGCUAGAACACACGUUGCAACUACAUACACAAGAGAUUACAGGGAUGGGGAUACUGCCAGUAUGACAGCUUUGAAGUAGUUGUGUGGUAUAUGAGCAAGUCUCCAUUUCAUAGUAAUGACCAUUUUAAAAGAGUUUUUUUCUGACUUUUCUACAGAAAAAAGUGUUUUUAAAUGUUCCUGUGUGACAAUCUGUCAAGUAACACAGAGUAAGAGUACUUCCUAACUGGUCUUCAAACUUGGCUUUUGAUAGUAUACUUUCUUACUGAAUGUCAAGUUUUAAAACUAAAAUACCUAAAAUGCAUUUAAAAUACAUAUGUAAAGCAGAAGUUCUUAUAUUCCUUGUUGUACUAUAUGAAUUAAAUAAAUUCCAUUUUACAUG